GUCAGAAUCAGAUCAAAUUCUAGAAAAUAUUUUUUAAGGAUUGAGCACACUCACAGUCCAGGAUAUCCAAGAAGCUAGCAAUGCAGCCAUUUUCUUAUCUUAUUUCGGUUGACUUUGAGGCUACCUGCUGGGAGAACCAACCAGCCCCGCAGUACCGCAUGUCGGAGAUUAUUGAAUUUCCAGCGGUUCUCAUGAACAUGAAGACUGGGAUGAUCGAGGCCGAGUUCCACAAAUAUGUGAUGCCGGUGGAGUCGCCAAAGCUCAGCAGCUACUGUACUCAGUUGACGGGCAUACAACAGCAUACCGUUGACAAUGGGGUGUUGCUCAAGGUUGCUCUUAUGAUGUUCCAUGAAUGGCUGCGUAGGGAGCUGGGCGCAAGGAACUUGUGUCUUCCGAAGAUGCGCAGGGAGAACGUUGUGGGUAAUUGUGCCCUCGUUACCUGGACAGAUUGGGACUUUGGCAUCUGCUUGUCCAAGGAGUGCAUUCGCAAGGACAUGCAGAAGCCAUCCUAUUUCGAUCAGUGGAUCGAUGCCCGUGCCAUCUAUAGGAACUACUACAGCUACCGGCCAUCUAGCUUCACCGAUGCCCUCACCCAUGUUGGACUCCCAUUAUUGGGACGCUUACACUCCGGCAUUGAUGAUGCCAAGAAUCUGUGUGCUCUUAUGUGCAAAAUGAGGCGCGAUGGCGCUAAGUUCUCCAUUACCAAGGAUCUGACUCCAAAUCAGAUGCUUAACUCCCAUUGUGUGUUGUAAACAAAACAGCAUACUCAUAAACAUAUAUUAUAAAUAA